AUGAAAUUGGUUGCUCUUCUCCAGACCACAGCUUAUGCGACAGCGAUGCAGCAAUGCCUCCAUCAGAUGCAUCAGACUCCAGUGCAACUUCCCAUUUUGGAUGAUAUUGCACUAACACUUUUCAAUGUCGUGAAACAUUUGGCCAUAAUUCUCUGGAAUUUUGAUGUUGCAGAGUAUGGAUCUCAAGCCAGAUCAAAUAUAUAUUACGCUGAUGAGUCAGGUUUAUAUUGGAAGCUUCUUCCUGGAAAAACAUAUGUUUCGUGGGCUGAGAAGACUGUUCCAGGGAGAAAAGCCGAAAAACAAAGAAUUACUUUCAUGGCUUGCACCAAUGCUUCAGGUCGCCAUAAAGUAAAACCUCUUGUAAUUGGAAAAGCCAAAAAUCCUCGCCCAUUUAGAAAUGUGUGCUUGCCCGUACAUUACCGACACUCCAAAUCAGCUUGGAUGACAGGAGCAAUAUUUAAAGACUGGUUUCAUAAUUUAUUUGUUCCAGAAGUUCAAAACUUUCUUAAAAAUAAUGAUUUGCCACUUAAAGCUCUUCUUAUUUUGGAUAACGCUCCUAGUCACCCUCCGGAAAAUCAGCUGCAAACAUCAGAUGGCUGCAUAACAGUCAUCUAUAUGCCACCAACUGUAACUCCACUCAUUCAACCGAUGGACCAAAACGUAAUCCGACUGACAAAACUUUUUUAUAGAAAAAGCUUGUUAUUGUCAAUUAUUGCAGCUGAAAAAGAAAAUAUUUGCGAAGCGGUAAAAGAAAUCACGAUCAAGGAUGCGGUGUUCAAUUUACGAUCGGCUUGGGAUAGCUUGGAUGGUGCGGUCAUUGCAAAGUGUUGGAAAAAUAUUUUUGAAUCCAACGAACAUUUUGAUGAGGAAGAUGAUAUUCCCCUUAGUGUUCUUAGGCAACAGGACUUCAAAAAAAUUUCUGAAGAGGUGAUUAAUCUACUCAAUCAUCUAAACGAAGGCAUAACGCAUACACCUGGUGACAUAGGCGAUUGGAACGAAGAUAAAGUCUUGUCGGAUAUUGAAGAAGCCGAAAACGAAAACGAAGAAGAAGAUGUGCAGUUGGUAAUGGAGCGACCAACAUGUUCCGUUUCUUCAAAGGAUGCUGUCAUUCUCUUUGAUAAGAUAAUUGAGUGGGCGGGACAUAAUAAUACAGACUUUUCUGAUAUUAUGGUCAUGAAACGAUUACAAGAAAAAGCCAUUCAAAUUAAUUUAAAUUUAAGAAAAAGUCAGACAAAAGUGACAAACUACUUUCCAAAAAUGUAAUUCUUUUUUCGUUUUUUAUGAGUUAAAAUGUUUUUGUUUUAUGUUAUUUUAUAAAAGUAUAUAUUAUGAAUUGUUUUUGUUUUUGUUUUGCUGUUUCUUGAUUAAAAUGUUUGUUUAUUGAUUAAAUAAAUAUAAUUACCUUCACACUGAACAAAAUGUGCAUUUUUGAUCAAAUUUAACUUUGGAAAGCGUUUCUAGCCUCCCGCUCGAAAUAGUGAACAAUCUCGAAAUAGUGAACAUGGCUGGUUUUUAUUACUUCACU